UGUGUGCUUGUUUAUAUGUAUGUAUGUGUUGUGUUUUUGUGUGAGUGUGUGUAGGUCUGUGUUUGCACUGCUUGUGACGCAUUCUUGUUUUGAGGCAAAUCAACGCUAAAAACAAACUUUGAACGGCGUAUAUAGCAAAGAAAGAACUGAAUCGUUGAUUAUAAAGAAAUGCUGAAAAUCUGAAGAUCAUUUUGGUAAUAGUGAUAAUUGAAAUAAGCAGAAACAAGUAUAAUCAGCAUAUGUACAAGAUCAAAUAACAAAAGCCAGGCGGCAAAUAUAAAUAUACAUACAUAUAUAUAUACUCACUCAGCUACUCACCCCACAAGCAACUGCAAAAUAACAAGAGGAAGAAGUAGCAGAAGUGGAAUCGGAAGAGCAACAAUAGCUAAUACAACGGCAACGGCUGCGAAUUGGACAUGUCAUGUCAGCAAGCGUCAAGAUUCAUUACAGCAGCAGCGACAGCAACAGUAGCAACAGCAGCCAAAAGCCCAAUAUCAGCAACAUUAACAACAACAGCAACAGCAAAGCGCACAUCGACACCAACAUCAGCUAAAACAACGCCGAAUUCAGUGAUUGUGGAGCAUAACAUUGGUGUUGCUGCCGCCAAAACGAACCCGCCUGAGGAUCCCUAUGUAUUCACAGAGACUAUUGCAGCGACACCGCCAAUUUUAUUUAAUGCACAGAAAUCGCGAAUCCGCUUAAGUGAAGCGCAGCACGGCAGAAAUUGCAACARCAGCAGCAACAACAACAACAACAAUAGCAAGAGAGUUGCAAACAAAAAAGCGAGCAUUGUUGCUGCAACAACAGUGCCCAUUGCGCAGUUGAAUGGCACUGCAACAGCUACAACAACAGCAGCAGCAGCAGCAGCAGCAGCAGCACCUAUAGCCAGCAUUCAAUAUGAACAAACGUCUUCCAAAGUGGCCAAUUCUUUUGUCAGCCAGGCUGCAGUGCCGAAACGCAAAGCGCAGGCAGCAGCUGCCACUGGCUGCAGAAAGGCCAACAAAACCAAUAACAAAAAUGCUGCACUAGCCACUUCUGCUCCGCCGCCAGCUCCGGCUCCAGCUCCAGCUCCACCUCCACCGCCACCGCCGACAACAACAGUUGAGCAACCAGCAACGGCUGCUUCGGCAGUUCCAGCGUCAGAGCCAACAUCGAUUAGCACCGUGUCGCGGCGCCGGAAAGUGCCGCCGCCAGCGACCAAGCGGAAUGCACUGUUGUUAAACGAGAACGAGCCUUUGGAGUUCGAUGUUCCAUACUGCUUUCAAACACGUUGGUUCCAUGCUGGUCAAUAUUUGGUCGAGGAGCCACAGUCUGGGUUGAGCAAUCGCGAGGAGCGCAUUGCUCUACGCAAGGGUGUACUGCGUCGUCAGGCGCUGCAGUUGCUUUCGACGCGCACGCUCCAGGAGCUGCCAAUGCGUGCGGCACGUCAGCGACUGCAAUGUGUUCAGAAUCUACUUCUUAAGUACGGGGACCAUGCGCGCCAGGAGCAGGGCAUUGGCGUGGGCAAUCGUUGCCUGGUGGCUGCGUGCAAGCAACCCACGCUCAGCAUGGCUGCCCACUGCGAGCGACACAUUGUCAACAACACGACGCAGCAGCUGUUCCAGCCGUGCGUCGCUUGGCGUAUGGAUGGGGUGGCCUGUCAGGCGCCCGUCUUCGAUGUGCUGCACACACUGGCAUUGUGCCCGGCUCACAGUCAUCUGCGACACGGCAUUGAGGUGCAGUCCAAGGUACAGAAAACGCAGCAACGGGCUAAGGCGGUGCAACAGCUGCCCAAGCCUGCUGUGCCGGGUCCUAUGCCAGCGGUGACUGCGAAUGCACCAGUGGCUAAUAAACGUAAGCGCAAAACGAAUCCAAAUGCCAAUCCGGUUGGCCGUCCGCAGAAGCGUGCCAAAAAGCCAGACGUAGUCGCUAACACCACCUUACCUGCAUUGCCGCCAGUGUCCGCGGUGCUGCAGCGUAAGAGCAGCACCACCUCGCUGGAGUCCAUUGCGAGCAAUUCGCAGUCGUCGGCCAUGUCGCACUCGGCUCUGCCGCCCUACACACCUGCAGCGCCUGUGAUGACGAUGCCGCAGCUGUCCAUAAUACCUCCAGCGUUGGCUCCGCUCAGCGAUUGCCAGCAGACACAGCAGCAUCAGCAGCAAUGUCCGCAGAUGCUGCUGCCGAAGAGCGAGGCAGAGCAGCAGACGCAGCAGCUAGAUGCUAAUUUGCUGGCCAAUGCUAAUUUCAAGGCCGAUGAGAUUAGCCAGAUUGUGGCACAGCUGGCGGCUGCCAGUAGCGAGUUGCAUCAUAAUAACAACAACAACAACUUGCACUUCAACAACAACAACAUCAACAUGAACAGCAACAACAGCAAUAGCGUAAACUAUUGCAGCAACAACAGCAGCAACAGCGGCAGCAGCAGCAUUAGCUGCGGCUUUCCCUCGUUCAAUGCAGCUUUUGGCAAUGCCCUGAGCGGCCAGGGCCAGCAGGUGGCAUCGCAUCAUGCCAACACUGCGUUGGCCAGCACAGAAAAUCUGCUGAGCCAGCAUAUGUUUGGCAUCUGCGAGAACAGUUCGGCCUAUGCCAGCUCCGAAGAUACGGGCCUGGGCGGUCUGAGUGAGUCGGAGCUGAUAGGCGCUAAUGAUGCUGAUGAUAUAGCAUUGAAUGGCGCCCAUCUGCUGGAGGAGCACGAUUUGGUAAAUGUGUUUGAUACGCUGCCGGAGGAUGCGUUCAACGAGUUAUUUCAAUCUGUGCAACAAGCCGAGUGCGAGGCCAUGGAUCGCGCGCUCGAGAUUGCCGAUAAGAACCUCAAGUGUCUCCAGCAGACAAUCGGCAAUACUGCGCACGACAGCGCCUUCCUUAACGAUUUCCUCGACGUGGACGAUGAUCUGCUUGUGAACGCUGUAAUGAACUCGCCGAACGCAUCCGACAUUGAUGCAUCCACGCUCUUUGUCGAUAGCAGCGGCGGCGGAAACAGUAGCAGCAACGGUGCUGCCGGAUCCAGCUCCAACAGCUGCACGCCGGCGGCCUCCGUCGCGGAUAUACGCGGCCUGGUACAGACUUAAGUUGGCCUAAGCCGCACUUGUGUAUACGCUUCUAACGAGUCUGCGUAGCUCGUUUUUUUCCAAAAGUUCUUUCGACAGAAAUCUUUUAGAUCUUAAAUGAAAACUGAUAAGAAACCACAUUGAAAGAAAAUCGAACUAAAUUUCUCAACGAAUGUUGAUAACACUUUUUAUGUUUUCUAUAUUUGCCAAAAUUUUCUUGUUUGGCCAUCGGAGAAGCUUUGCAAUUUCACUCUACUCCAAUUUCUUGUCUAGAAUACAUUUCUAUAUAUGUUUGUAUGUAUAGUAUGCUAUACAUAUAUUAUAUAACUGAAGCAGCAUAUAAUUAA